AGGAAAGUUUAGGAGUCAGAUACACGUUAUGCUUUCUUCUCAGAUCAGAAGUUUCAAAAAGUCCAAAGCUUUGAACACGUUAUAAAUCCUUCUUGUUCCAAACAGAAGGAACCUGCCCAGCCCUCACUGCAAGUUGGUCACCAACAUUACCGGCUUCAUAUAAAAAGACACUCGCAGAUCAGGUUUCAGCUUUGUUCAUUAGAUAAACCGUUAAUAUAACUAAAGUAGGUCACCCACAUAGCCAAUUUCUUCAUUGACUCUUCCAAUUCUUUCCCUAUAUAAACAUUCCCUACUCUGCUCAAACACAACAAGCAAAUCAAUCUCACAACAUUUCCUAGGAAAUUCAGCAUUCAAAGAUCAUUUUCAGCAGCAAUCAUGGCACAAGGAAGAAUGGCAUUGAUCCUGGUUGUGGUGACGAUGAUGUGCGCAGGAGCUGCAGCUCAGUCGUCAUCGAGCUGUACCACUGUGUUGAUCAGCAUGUCGCCUUGCCUUAAUUACAUUACAGGGAACUCCUCAACCCCAUCAACGCAAUGCUGCACACAGCUCAGUAAUGUUGUCCGCUCCUCACCGCAGUGCUUGUGUGAAGUCCUUAAAGGUGGUGGAUCGUCACUUGGUAUCAAUGUCAACCAAACGCAGGCUCUGGCCUUACCUGGAGCUUGCAAUGUUCAGACUCCACCGAUUAGCCAAUGCGAUGCUUCUUCUCCAGCUGAUUCUCCUGCAGGGACACCAAGCACUCCAAACACCCCUUCAGAUAACGGAUCUAAGACCGUUCCAGCAACACAAGAUGGUUCAUCAGAUGGAAGCACCAUCAAACUAUCAAUCUCUCUCCUCUUCUUCCUCCUUUUUGCAGCAUCAUAUGGUUCAAUCUUCACAGCAUACUGAUUUUCAAAUGUAAUAGCAUACCUCUCACUCCUACACAUUACAGCACUUCCCUUUUACAUUUGUCAUUCUUAAUGAGUUUCCUAUAGGUUGAGGGUAUAUGUAUUAUUUAUUUUUUGUGACCUCUUUUGGGGAUCUAGUUUUGUAUCAUGGAAAAGACAGUUGUACUCUUCCCUUCUCAAUAAAAAGGAUUGUUCUAGCUUA